CUUUCACAACAUGACCUGCACAUGAAGCUGGAUUCUGAACAGAGAAGUAGCGGUGGUGGCUGCGUGGUUGCAGUCUGGUCGUACUUACCACCUCAUCCACGACCACCCAAGUCAUACUCACAUCAUAAUGGCAGGUCUUUGGGGCGCCCUCAACAGGUACCCAAAGGUGAUGAGGACCGUUCGCGAUGAGAUGUUUAACAGAACCUACAACUCGCAGAAGUUGUUUGAUCAGCAGCUUCUCGCCGAGCUGGUUUGGCCGGUCAUCAAGGACGAUGUCAUCAACCACGACAGCUACACGUGCAAGAUCCACAGCAGCGCCGUGCCCUUCCCGACGCGCCGAGGCAGCUCCAGGUACUGCGGCUGGAGCCCCUUCAGGAGCCACGCGAAGGGCCUGAUCAAGAAGACGCCGUGUCCGAUUCAGUGUCGCCCGCCCGGGAGGCUCAAGUGGAGCCGCUGCUGAGGGUUCGAACGCGUGCGGAUGAGGUCGAUCAAGCAAUGGCUCUGGCUGCGUUGUGCAAUUGAAAGGCAAUUGCGUGUGUAUAUAUCCGUGUGUCUGUUUGUCUGUCUUAUCCCCUCUCAGUCUGUGCAAAUCUAUUUGGUGGGAAGACAUUAUGAGCGUCAUGUAACAUAUUUCACAGUGGUUAAAAAGUGCUUUGCGAGCUGCUUAGGCGCAAUAUUCGUGGGUUUGAGACUUUUCAAUCACUGCUUCGCUCUGUUGGCUCUUUGAAAAGCCAAAUCUUUCAUGUAAACAAUAUAUGU